AUGAAAGUGACAGUGAACUUCGGUUCUGUUCGCGUCAUAGUGCCAUGUGGAAAAGGAGAUCUUCCAGUGAAGCAGCUCAUGGACCUAGCCAUCACACGGUAUAAGAAAGCUACUGGAAAGUCUCUGGAUUCUUGGGUGACCAUUCACAAUCUGAAACUUCUAAGCGAUGGAGGUAUUUUGGAUCCUGAUGACAAAUUGAAUGAUGUUGCCGAUGAUCGAGAACAGAUAACUGCCGUCUACGACGAAGAAAUUUCAUCGUACUUGCUACACAACGGUGGCGAUGGUACCAGCGCUAGCUCCAUAGGAACCGCAAGUCCAGACAUAUUUCAAAAUGGGGAUCUCAUACCAAAUGGCUUGUGCAAAUCAUCUUAUAAUGAAUCGGACGUGGAGAUAACUGACGAAAAAAUCUAUGCAGGUCUCCUCCCUCUUCAUGUACGAAGAGGCAGUGAACCCGCCCUGAAUCAGUUGCCCCCCUCUCUUUUGCAAAAUAACGACAAUUGCAAAAGAUGGUCUGCUGCGGUGUUGGCGAGUGGAGAUUCGUAUAAGCAGUUAAACAGCGAGGGCGAAGAACAGUCGGAGGAUGACCUUCCACCUGGUGAAAGAGAAGAUGGAAGUGGUGAAGAAAAAUCUUUAUCCCUUCAAAACAUAAAUUCUUGGACAGAAGAAACAAAUAUAAUGAAGGAUAAAAGAAAGGAGCCUCUGGGAGGACCCAUUACUUCACCAAAAGAAAGCUUUGAUGAAGAUAGCGACUGCUCGAAUUCAUCCAAUAAAAAAAUGGUAGAAAUUCUAAAAUUGAAAAAUGAAGAUGGACCCUUGGGUAUUCAAAUUGUUCCUGCUAAUGAAAGCCCUGAUAAGAAUGAAGGUGUUAUCAUACAAGGCAUCGAACCUGGUGGAAGGAUCGACCGGGAUGGCCGUUUCAGCAUUGGGGAUCGCAUCACAGAAAUAAAUGGGCUGAAGUUGAGCAAAGACUCUUACCGAAAUGCACAAGAGAUACUGAAAGAUGCUCUUAAAGAACCCAUUUUGAGCAUCCAUUGCAUCAAGAAGGUUUCAUGUCCAAGCAAAAGUGCACCAAAGCUUGAUUCAGAUAAACUGAAAGAGGCUCAGAUCACCAAAGAAAACGAUGCUAGUCUUUCAAAUGACAAUUCAUCUUUCCCAUUGUUGUAUUCAACACCCACUAAAAAACUCCCCACAAAUUUACUUCACAAAGGUACACCCAACCAUUCAAGCAUCAGAAAGGUUGGCAGAAGAAUUUUAGUUCAUCUUUCAAAAGGUCCUGAAGGUUUAGGGUUCAGUAUUACUUCCAAAGAUCCUGAAAAUGGUCCACCUUUCUUUAUUAAGAGCAUUCUUCCAGCUGGAGCAGCUGUGGAUGAUGGUCGAUUGAAAACGGGUGAUAAGCUGUUAGAGGUGAAUAAGGUAGAUGUUUCAAACAUGACCCAAAGUGAAGUAUUGAAUCUCUUAAGGAAAGUUCCAUUUGGUGAUGUUGUUGAACUUGUCAUUUCAAGACAAGAAACUGACCUGUCACCUAGCCCAAGUCUUCCCCGUGAACUGCCUCCUGACAAAUGUGAAGAGGAAAUGGAUGCUUUGUCCAAAAAGCGAGACAUUUUCACUCUUCAAGUUGCUCUCAAUGACACUGGUUCUGCUGGUUUGGGGGUCAGUGUCAAAGGGAAGACUUCGAACACUUCAAAUGGUGCUGUAGAUAUGGGAAUAUUUAUUAAAAACAUUUUCCACGGUGGUGCUGCUCACAAAGAUGGAAGACUUCAGAACAACGAUCAGCUUCUGAAUGUCAAUGGAAUUCCUUUAUUAGGAAUGACUAAUGGGCAAGCCAUGGAAACAUUACGGAGGGCCAUGAUCCAAGGGGAAGGACCGAAUGUCGUCCAGAAUGCAAUAAUUCUAACUGUCGCAAGACGCGUCCCAUCAAUUUUAAGGGACACAGUGUCCGAUGCAGGAGACGGCUCCAGUCAUGACAGAAGUGACUCUUUGCUGAGUGAAAGUGGCGAUUCUUUUUAUGUGUCAAAUGAAAAUCUUUCGCCAACUAACAAUAAAUUCUGUGGCCAAACACCAGACACUUCCACCAGCGAUAACUCCGCAAAUACUGUCAUAUUCAGAUCUCCUUCUUUCAAAAGGACAGAAAGUGAUAUAGAUGAAGAGAAGGAAGAUGAUUUCACGGAGAUGUCUUCCGUGACGUUGACUUCUGAUCACAAUCCCAUACUGGAGAGGCUCAUAAGUGAGAAUCUCUCUGAGAACUAUCAGCAGAGUGUAAAUAAUUCGAAUUCAUCUAAUUAUCAUAAAAUAUCUGUACAACUUGAAGGUGCAAUGAGGACUCAAAACAAUGACUUGCAAAUGCAAGAUGAUGUUCUGGAAGAAUUGAACAGUUUUGUGAACCACAAAAAAUCGGUUUCAAGUCCAGUCAGGUUAGAUUUUUCUCAACAGUCUGAACCCAACACCUCAUUGGAGCAAAUCAAUGAAAAUGGGGCAUCACUUACAAAAGAGUACAGACAUAAAAAUCAUUUACAGGAAAAUGGUUCAAACAGCAACAUUUCGUACCUGCAAUCACCAGAAUGCCAAAAUAUUUCUGAUGGAAUGCCUGUCAGAGAAAUGCCUGUAGAUGUUGGUCCAUAUGAAAUUUCAAGCAACAAUUUAGCAUUGGAACAAGCACAAAGAGCAACAGUUACCUUCUAUCCAACUUGCUGUUGGUCCUGUAACUCCCCAGACUGUCCCUACCAUGCUGUACCAACCAGGCGGGAGAGUGGAAGUAGUGAGGAGGCAUGCACCCCUGUUGGCCCUUCUCUAGGUCUCAUGAAAUCCAGCAGUUUAGAGAGCUUACAAACAAUGGUGCAAGAACAGCAAAAACGAGGCAUUGUUUCCACCAGCUGUUCUGCCAGAGCCUGCAAUGAAAGUUUUCGGCAGGCCGUUGACAAGUCGUUCGAGGCUCCGGCUGAAGAUGCUGCUAAUUUAAAUGGUGCUAAAGUGUCACAAAUUCAAAACUUGAAGACUACUCAUAACCAUACCCGUGCCAAAACAGUAGACUCAGCAACAAUAACUCAUGCUAAACAAGAUAAACCAGCAAAGAAGAAAGGAAUAUUUCGGGGCCUCGGAUCUGUUUUUAGAUUUGGAAAGUCCAGUAAAAAGGCCAAUAAAGAAUCAUCACCAUUAGCUUCUACAGAACAAAAGCAAGAACAAAGAAUUGCAAUUCCGGAUGAACAAAAAAGGAUCCAGAAAUAUGUAAAAGAAGCAGAAAAUCAUCAAACACAUCAUGAUCAAAAACCUCAAUCUCCAAUCAACAGGCAUGUGAGCACAAAAUUAUCUUUCACUUUUCCUCGAAAUGCAAAUGUUUUCCCGAUGCUCAAUGACCCUUCAGCCAUGACUGCUUACGACCGCCAAGCAAAAAUGCAUCUCCUCAGAACAGAACAUCAAAGAAGGCACCAGCAGCGUAACGGAUUCUACCCUCAAGAGGAUCGAGAGGAACUAUAUGAAGCACACUUGAAACAAAAUAUCGAUACUAAAAAAAUGAUGAAUCGCCCUCUGCCACCACUACCUCACCAGAUGUCAGAUCGUUCUAGGGAGAAUAUCUGUGAACUAUCUUCCAAGUCUAAAACAUUUGAAAUGUAUAAAGAGAUGUCUAAGCCUGGCAGCAGAAAAGGAUUUGCCGAUCCGAACCGCUACAGCCACUACAUGAACUUCCAGGAAAUACAACAGCACCUGCAGCAGUUCCGAUUCCACCAGAGCUUGUUCAUGGCUGACCGGACGUCUGGGCAGUCUCCCUACGAUCUAACCGAACCAACUCAGAUGUCCCUUUCGAACAAGAGGCACUACAGGCACACAGUGAGUUCACCACGGUCCAGACCGACUUCAGAGUACAUUGAUUUCCGCAGCCCGGAACUGCUCGAGUACAAUUCGGCCGGAACGAAUGGAUCUGGCUCCCUGCCGCGGAAAAUGUUCACACAUUCCAAGCAGAGGCCGAGGAUUCCGGCAGCAUUCAUGGCUGAUCAGAAGUAUAUAGACUGCAAUGAACGUAGCCCCUCCAAAUUUCAUUUGAAGAAUCACCAUAUUACGGGUUCAAAAGUGUGACUUUUCUAAAGUGUCUAAUUUAUUUCCAAAUCAGUAUUAAAAUUAAAAAAUUGAGAUGAAUUUGAAUAUUUUUUUUUGUUUGUUUAGGUUUUUUGGCCUUUUCCCCCUCAAGAUUCCUAUUUAUUCAUUGAAUAUUCUUCUUUAAUGCAAAAAAUCCAACUUACUCAACUAAUGAUAAACAAAGUCUUAACUAAAAUAAGGGCAAAAUCUCCUGUAUGUCUCAGAACAUAUGACACAUAAAUAGUCUGAAUUCCAUUUAAUAUGUAAAUAUUCAUUGAAAAAUGAAAAUAACAGGAGGCAAUGAGCUUUUGCGAGCUCCCAUGCAAAUUACAAACACACCCAUGAAAAAAAAGCAUAUUCACAAAGCUCACAUGUGCCAUUCAUUACUGUACCUCAAGCUCAUUGAAAAAUUGAAAUAAAAAAAAUUCUGCAAAAGGAAAAAUAUAUCUCAAUACAGUAUUCAGCCAUUUAAUAAAUUUAAAAUAAACACAUCAAUAAAAUUAAUCUAUGCAAUAAACAUACCGCUACCAAAUUUUCUCUUAAAAACAAUUCUGUAAGAGAUGCAAAGCUUUUAAGGCUCAUAUAUCUCAUCAAUUUAUAUUUUUCUUCUUCAAAGAUUGUUAUGAUUUACAAAAAGUUUUGCUGAAUGACUUAUGUGUCUAACAUUUAUUUCAAAGUGUUAUACAAUAUUAAUAUUACCUAAAUGAUGCUAAGCAAACAGUUUGCUGUUAACAGGUCCUUUUAAAAGUCAGCAGAAACAGAAAAGCCUAAUCUGUGAUGAAUAACGGUUGGAUUCAACACAUAUUUCAUUAGUGCCAUGCAUGUAUAUUUUUUUUUUAACUGAGCGAAACUUGGGUGUGAAAUGUUAUACCAUGUUCAUUUCCAACAUGUUAUGCAAGUUGUAAGUAAAACUUGCAGAAAGUCAAUAAUGGAUUAUCAUUAAUACUCUCUUGUUCAUUACCUUUAUAACCAUUCUAAAAAGCAUAGCUCAAAUUAGUAAGAUUACAUUAAUCAAAACUAAAUUUUUAAUAAUUUAUAUUCAUCUUAAUUUAUUUCCAUCUGAAUGUACAUAUGCAUGUAGAAUAGUUUUAGCACAUGCGAUUUGUUGAUAUACAUUUGUUUCCACUGCAUUUCAUUGUACUGUAUAGCCAUUUUUAAACACUAUGUAAAUAUAUAAAUAUGUAUUUAUACUGUUGUAAUAAAAGUCAUAAUUCUGA